AUGCCGGGAGCAGGCUGGCUGCACCCGGGCUGCCGCUGGGCACCGGCCGAGGGGGCUGUGAUCGCAUCCGCACUUAGCCUUUCUAUCACCAGGCUCUACCAGCUAAACUCUUCUGGUGGCGACGGGGUCUCCCUCCGCGUGGUCUCUGUGUUCUCCAUCGUGGUGUUUGGCUCCAUUGUCAAUGAAGGGUACGUGAACCGCCUGGACGAGUCACAAGAGCACUGCAUUUUCAACCGCAAUCGCAAUGCCUGCAACUAUGGCAUUACCGUGGGUGUCCUCGCCUUCCUCAGCUGCCUUCUUUACCUGGCUCUGGAUGCCUACUUCCCGCAGAUCAGCAGCGUCAAGGACCGCAAGAAGGCAGUGCUCUCGGACAUCGGAGUUUCGGCCUUUUGGGCAUUCCUCUGGUUUGUUGGCUUCUGCUUUCUGACCAACCAGUGGCAAGCUUCAAAAAAAGAGGACAACCCAAUGAAUGAAGGAGGGGAUGCAGCCCGAGCAGCCAUCACGUUCUCAUUCUUCUCCAUCUUCACCUGGGAACAGCAGCCCAGUUGGACAGAUGACUUACCAUCCUGCCAUCUCUCUGGGGUGGGCUCAGCUCCAAACCGUUCCUACAGUGCAGAUGGCAAGGGGACAGAGGGUCACCCCUUGGAAGAUAACUGGUUAAAAUUCAGGAGUGAGAACAACUGCUACCUCUAUGGUGUCUUCAAUGGCUAUGAUGGCAACCGAGUCACCAACUUUGUGGGUCAGAGGCUUUCUGCAGAAUUGCUGCUGGGCCAGCUGCACGCAGAUCACAGUGAUGCUGAUGUGCGUCGAGUUCUGCUACAGGCUUUUGAUGUGGUAGAAAGAAGUUUCUUGGAGUCCAUUGAUGAUGCCUUGGCAGAGAAGGCCAGCUUGCAGUCCCAGCUGCCAGAGGGUGUCCCUCACCACCAGCUGCCUCCUCAGUACCAGAAGAUAGUGGAGAGAUUGAAGGCUGUAGAGCAGGAGAUCUCUGGAGGAGCCAUGGCUAUUGUGGCUGUUGUUCUCAACAACAAGCUCUAUAUCGCCAAUGUGGGUACCAAUCGGGCACUGUUAUGCAAGUCCACGGUGGAUGGGCUGCAGGUGACUCAGCUCAAUGUGGACCAUACCACAGAGAAUGAGGAUGAACUUUUUCGCUUCUCUCAGCUGGGAUUGGAUGCAGGGAAAAUAAAACAAGUGGGAACUAUUCGUGGGCAGGAAAGCACUCGGCGCAUUGGAGAUUACAAAGUCAAAUACGGCUAUACUGAUAUUGAACUGCUCAGUGCUGCGAAAUCUAAGCCCAUCAUAGCAGAGCCUGAAAUCCACGGAGGGCACUCGCUGGAUGGGGUGACUGGUUUCUUGGUACUCAUGUCUGAAGGGCUCUACAAAGCGCUGGAAGCAGCUCAUGGGCCUGGACAGGCCAACCAGGAAAUCGCAGCCAUGAUAGCCACAGAGUUUGCCAAGCAGACAUCGCUGGAUGCUGUGGCGCAAGCAGUAGUUGACCGGGUUAAGCGGAUCCACUGUGACACUUUUGCCAGUGGUGGGGAACGGUCCAAGUUCUGUCCCCGGCAUGAAGACAUGACACUGCUUGUGAGGAAUUUUGGGUAUCCCCUGGGUGAGAUGAGCCAGCCCACGCUGACACCAACUCCCGUCUCAGGAGGCCGUGUCUACCCAGUCUCUGUGCCAUAUUCCAGCUCCCAAAGCACAAGCAAGACGAGUGUCACGCUGUCUCUUGUCAUGCCUUCCCAAGGCCAGAUGGUCAACGGUGCCCACAGCAGCUCAACUCUGGAUGAAGCCACCCCUACCCUCACUAACCAAAGCCCAACUGUGACACUCCAGUCCACUAAUACUCACACACAGAGUAGCAGCUCAAGUUCAGACGGGGGUCUCUUCCGCUCCCGACCCACCCACUCGCUCCAGCCAGAUGAAGAUGGGCGUGUGGAGCCCUAUGUGGAUUUUGCAGAGUUUUACCGGCUUUGGAACAUGGACCAUGGCGAGCAGGGCGCACUGACUGUGUCCUAACCUGGAAAUGUGCGUCUUGCAGACACCCUGCGCUUGGCUGGGUGAGCAAAGACUGAGGCGGGAAUGAGAGCACUCCACUGAGGGCUGUGUUCUGCCAAGAGUUAACUCCUAUCCGGGAUGUGCUGAACACUGGGCUGGGGAGCAUGAGCAGCAUGCUCUGCGCAUGUGUUGCCAGGGCCAUGCACCUAAUCCUGACCAACCUCCUUCCCUUGGAAGCCCUGUGAAUUGGGGAGGGGGUCUUGAAUGCAACCCUCGCUGCAGGUUUUUGCAAAUAAAGUUGCAGAGGGGGCUCCCUCCGGAUAAUGCAAGAAUAGGGGCCUGUACAAAGGCUAUGUGCGUGUGCGCACGGGUGUGUAGGUGUAUGCGUGUGUGCCUGCGUGUGUGUGCGCUGUCAUGUUUCCACGACUCGAUUCUUAAUGCUGUGAUUCCAGUGUUCAACUCCAUAGAAGAUACCUCUAUUUUGCAGAAUAAAUAACUUAUAGCUACA